AUGGCGAACCUCAUCGAGAAGAUCGGUCGCUUCUUCGCGGAGCAGGAGGCGCAGAUCCAGGAGUCGUUCACGCAAGUCGCUCAGGCCCCAGCUCGGGCAUCGUCACCAUUGUCCAGACCCCAGCCUCCUGUACACAAGGUUCCCCAACCGUACGCGCAUCCACCAGAAUUUGGGCAAGGAUCUCCGGCUUCAAGUGCUGCACAAAGGCCACCUCGUGGUCACUCGCUAGUUCGGCGACGUAUGCCAUUCAAGGCUGCUGCGGAGCCUACCCCAACGCCAACGCCGCAGUUUCCUCAAAGCUCGGAAGAAGGUAUCGAUCAGCUACUCGACGAACUUCAACGCCAGAGCAAAGCCCAUGACGUCUCGCCCUCGAUUCCGAGCAUGCCAACGCGACCAGCAAAGCUUUCGCUACCCCGAGACGACAUUUGGAACCACCAUUUGAGCGGCGACGUAGUUUCAUGGGCUUCGUCUCCCUCUUCGGUAUCCACAACCAGCACCAAGAUCUUGAGCACUAAAGAUGAGGACGCAGCUGAAAGAGCUCGCAAGCCACGGCCGCCACAGCAGAAGCAUCGCAAGCGUCUCCGCAAGAAAAAGAGUGGAGUGUCAAAGCGUCCAGGCAACCAGGAGGACGACCAACCCGAUCCCAAACAGCUAGCGAAAGAGAACGCUGAGAAGGUCGCAGCAGCGCUAGUUCUCGCUCAAGAGCGCGCCAAGCGUAUUCAACAGGAAAAGCUCCAGCUGGAUCGAGAACGGGAGCUGGAACGCCAGGAGGCAGCGCUGAGGCUGCAGGAGCAGAUGCUGAGGAUUGAAGCAGUCCGUGCAAGGUCGUUCAGACAACCUUCGACAUCGACGAUGACGACUGCGCGCUCGUCGCUAUCAAACGGUGAGCCCAGUCAUGACACGGAGUCGGUUUGGACCGCGGAUACGAACGAUAUGAUGGGGCAUCACAAACCACCGAGCGACUUCAUGGUGGAGCUCGAAGCUCGGCUUCGAGACAAAAUGUCGCUGGAGAUGCACGUGAAGCAGAGCAACAUCGAAAAGCACAGGCAGCGCGAACGCGUGCGUCUAAAGCUCGACAAGGUUCUCCAGCAAAAUAUCGCUCAACGCUCCAAAGUGGCUCGACUGUCAGCUAUGAAAGCUUCACUUGAGAUGGAACUCGCCGCUGUCCUGGACGACACGGCUCAAACACGUCAGCAACGCCGAGAGCUUGAGCUUGCUGACGAAAAAGAACGGCUUAGACGGCAACGAGAAGCGGAGAGGGAGCUGCAGAUCCGUCUGCGGGAGGAAGAGUGGAGUAAAAUGAUGGAGGAGGAGAAGGCGCGGUCUGAGGUUGCUGCUGAAGCACGAGAGAAAGCCAGCAAGCGGGUGGAAGAACACUCCGCCAAGCUCAGGAGAAUGAUGCAGUCGAGCCCCGCAGCAGGAUGUAACGUGGCGAUGGCUGAGGACCAAGUGAGUGAACCUACGCAGCCGUUCAAGAUGAACUUCUUCCUGCCACCGGAGCUCGCAGACUUCGAAGAGGAUGGAUGCAGUAAUACUUAG